CUUUAAGUCAGAUUCCUCUUUGACAAGUUCCAAAGCUCUAAGGGUUCUACAAACACUACAGAGAUAAUUGGACUUAAGUUACGGACAUUUAGUACCAUAACUUACAGGGCAGCAAAAUUUAUACACAAAAUAAACCACGACCCUGUGUCUUGGCAACAGAUGAUCUCUCCUUCGUGUUAGCGAAAGGCUGACCGCCCCUAAAGACAGCUAGUAGCCACAGGUACUGCCACGGUUGGGCUAGCCCUAGCCUCGUCAGUUGAUGCCAACAGCUCCAACUUGUCCAGUACCAGAAGCCUCGCCAUUCUAUCAUCACCACCUAGACAGACAACCAUCCACCUCCAGCAUUCCCAGACGAAUCAGAAAUGGCAGACACACCACCAGUCCCCUCUUCGGAGCCCAGCACUCCACCCUCGAGCGCUGCAGACCAGGCAAGAAUUCGCAAAGAGCGGCGAGAAGCAAAGAUACGCGCCGGAGGCUCCGCGAGAUUGAAUAAGAUCACAGGACUUGGAGGAGGAAUACAGAGAGAUGCCCCGCCUCAGCCCACAGUCUCAAAACCUACCGAUGACCCCGAGGAAGUCGAUAUUUCAAACCAUUAUUACGAGCCUAAAUCUCGCUCUUCUCGUCAGCCUAACCCAUCGUCCUCUCCAUUCGCCCAGCAGGGCAUCAAUGAUGACCAACUUCGCCAGAUGAUGCUUGGAUUUGAUCCAUCGGGCACUCCCCCUCUAGGUGGUAAUGCAAAUCCAUUUGCCGGUUUUCCAGGUAUGGGCGGUAUGCCUGGUAUGGAUGGAAUGGAUGGGGCGGCAGGUGAAGACCCUAUGAUGAAGAUGCUACAGCAAAUGAUGGGUGGGAUGCCAGGUGAAGGAGCUGGUGCUAUGCCCUCGUUUCCCGGGAUGCCUCCUAUGCCAGGCCAAGCUGCUGCUCCUGCAGAUCCGUAUGCAUACCUUUGGCGUAUUGUGCAUGCUGUAUUUGCACUGGGUUUGGGAUUGUAUAUUGCGUUUACGACACCAUUCACAGGCACGAAGAUCGCCCGUGAAAGAAGUGCGCUAGGAUAUUCUAGUGGAGAUGAGGUGGUCUUAAGUCCAAGCAGUGUCCAUUUCUUCUGGAUCUUUGCUACUGUGGAGGUUCUCUUGCAGACCAGUCGAUUCUUUUUCGAGAAGGGUAGAGUUCAACAUGGAGGAAUCAUGGGAAUGAUCAUGGGAUUUCUGCCGGAGCCCUGGAAGGGAUAUCUAGCCCUUGUUGCAAGAUAUUCUAGGAUUUGGACAACUGUCAGUGGGGACGCAAUGGUGUGUGUGUUCGUACUGGGUGUUUGUGCUUGGUUGAAGGGUAACUAGACAGCUUUCGAUGUGGCGUGGAGAUGCCUCAAAUACUAAAGAUUCAAUUUCCAAGAG